GGUCGCAGUCAGGGAUGAUGGUUUUUAUUCCUGCAGAUGGUUCAACAGAUCAGGAAAAGAAGAAGGUGAAGUUCGGACAGAAUUGUCUGUUGUCAGCAUGACUCAACAAAGAGGUGAUAAACAAAUGGUGGUAAAAUGCUCCGUGUCGUCACAGUCACACUGUGACGGGGAGUACACUGUGAACUGGCUGUCCAACAAGACGGACACCAAUCAAAACAAACCCCAGGAGAGAUCAGGGAAAUCCUUCUGUGAAAUAUCUCAGAUUUUUCCACUGACUUCCACUUUUUUGUCAUGUAAAGUGACUGAUGUCAGAACCAAGAAAGAGUUCAUCUUUAACCUCCAGCUCACACCCGAGAAGUCAGGUGACAAAAUACCAGUCAAUGAAGCUGACGCGACCACGUCCACAUCCACGUCCACGUCCACGUCCACGUCCACGUUCUCAUCCACGACCACGUCCUCGUCCAUGACCACGACCACGUCCACGACCACAUCCCAAGAGACUGACUGGUGGUGGUUGUACGUCCUUGUGGCUGUAGUUGUGGUUGCAGCGGUGGCACUUUGUUGUAUUUUAGUAUUUGUAGUGAUGAAGUGGAAGAGAACUAAAGGGAACAAAACGCAGACAAAUGUUGAUGACGACGAUCCUGAGGAAGGUGUGGCCUAUGCCUCCAUCAGCUUCACCCAGAAGAACAGCGCUAACGCCCAGUCCGAUCCUGAGGAAGGUGUGGCCUACGCCUCCAUCAGCUUCACCCAGAAGAACAGUGCUAACGCCCAGGCUCUGAGAAAACACAAAGAUGAUGAUGCGACCUACUCUUCUGUCGUGCAGCUGUCAACUAGCUAAACAAAAAUCCACUAAGGAAUUGGUUCAUUGGUUUUAAUUUGUUGAUGAUUUUCAGGCAGAAUUGUGUUUCUUGGGUUCACAUCUCUUCCUCUUCACUGUGUUACUUUGUUUUUUAUUAUUUGAUAUGCAAUAAAAAAAAGUGAACUGGCGGACUGUCCAGGGUGUAGCCCAACUUUUGCCCUAUAUGCCAGCUGGGAUUGGCACAAGCUGCGACGGUCGUGUCGAUGAUAAAGCUGUAGACAAUGGAUGGAUAGAUGGAAUAUCCAGAAACUGUGUUUUCCCCGACCCACCUGGACCCCUGAACAUCCAUGUGCUCCCUCGGAAGAAUCCUUUCCUGACCAACUUUUGCUAUUAAAAAAAUAAUAAAAUGCGUACGCACAAAAAGACGGCUUUCGCUUGCUUUCACGCACAGACGGCAUGUAUAAAAAUGUACUUGGCGUGGAUGUAUCUGAGAAUUA